AUGAUCUUCAACAGCAACUGUGCUGCAACUCUCUUUAAAUAUGGAAUCUGCAGAAAGCAAAAGCUUCCAUUGAGAUACGGAAGAAGAUUGCAGGGUGAUUCAAACGUUGCUCUUGUCAAGGUGAGCACACGGUCAUCCUUCACACAGGGAGUUCCAAAUAAUUCAGAUAAUGAAAUGAAGAAAGAACGGCAUCUAGACAUCUUUAUCAUCGGCACUUCACUUGUUGCUUUGGCUGCAUUGAUCUUGGCAAUUUCUUGGGUCUAUGUCCACCGAAAGCAUGUCGGGACCUUUAUGAUUUCCAACGAUGAAAAUGUUGAAAUGAUUGAUGAUGUUGGUUUACGUGCAUUUACUUAUGCGGAACUUGUGUAA